GAAGUUCCGGCCUGCUCCAGUCAGCCAGGGCAGCCAGGUCGCAGGUGACAAGGAUAAGACAGCCGCCCUCAGAAAGAACUGUCAUCCUGAAGCUGUAGAGGGGCCAUCUCCCUGGCUCUGGGUCACAGUCCUCAGGAUGAAGUGGGCAAUGCUGCGGACGCUCAUUACGUUGGUGCUGGGAAUGCACUACCGGUGUGCCUUAGGUUUCCCGGUGUACGACUUCGAUCCUUCCUCCCUGCAGGAAGCCCUCAAGGCCUCAGUGGCAAAGGUGAACUCUCAAUCCCUGAGUCCUUACCUGUUUCAGGAGACCCGGAGCUCCCUGAAAAGAGUCAAUGUCCUGGAUGAAGACACCUUGGUCAUGAACUUGGAGUUCAGUGUUCAGGAAACUACAUGCCUGAGAGACUCUGGUGAUCCCUCCUCCUGUACAUUCCGAAGGGGCUACUAUGUGCCGACAGCUGCUUGCAGGAGCACCGUGCAGAUGUCCAAGGGACAGGUGCAGGAUGUGUGGGCUCACUGCCGCUGGGCCUCCGCAUCUGAUUCCAACAGCAGCGAGGAGAUGAUGUUUGGGGACAUGGCAAGAUCCUAUAGACGGAGAAAUGAUUAUCUGCUUGGUUUUCUUUCUGAUGAGUCCAGAAGCGAACGAUUCCAGGACCAGUCACUCGAGAUGGUGAGAAGAGGACAUCCUCUUGCAUAUAGAAGAUUCCAGAACCUCCAUCACAGAGCAAGAAUAAAUUCUGGCUUCGAGUGACAUCCUGGAGAAUCCGUGACAGGAAGAGAAGCAGAAGCAGCCAUGAAGAAAGGCGUGUGGCAAAUUGUGUAAUUUUCUCUUUGAUGAGCUCCACUCUGCAAUAAAUGUCUUUCUCUUCCCAAAAGA